UAGUGAUGUUUAUUGUGCGGCAAGCGCGAUCUCUCACGCCUGCGUCUGCUCUCGCAACUCCCCCGAGGGCGGUUCUGCGUACACCUUUACACAGAUGGUGUCAGGGAGGGGUAAAGGCAAUACAACCAAUAGAGGGAGUUCUGGGGACCAUUAGACAGGUGCAAUAUUCAACUUUUGCCAACCAGGGGACAGGGAGAAAUACAAAACUAGCGGGCUUUCUGACGGACAGAAAACUGACAGUUACGUCACUUGCCUCAGGGGUACAUGUGGAUGGGGAGGGAACAAAGGAACAUAUAACAAACUUAAUAAACUAAAUUUCACACACCGCCACAGCUGUCCCCCAACAUGUCGUGCCACCACCACUCCAUCAACGACUUCCGCAACAGUGUCUACUCCAUGCUCUACUCCAUGAUCAGCAUCAUGGGCUUUGUGGGGAAUGGUGUGGUGCUGUACGUGUUGAUCUGCACAUACCGGCAGAAAACGGCCUUCCAGGUCUACAUGCUCAACCUGGUCCUGUCUGACUUCCUGUGUGUGCUCACCCUGCCCCUGCAUGUCAUCUACUACAUGCACAAGGGCCACUGGUUCUUCAGCGACUUCCUGUGCAGCCUCUCGUCCUAUGCGCUCUAUGUCAACCUCUACUGCAGCAUCUUCUUCAUGACAGCCAUGAGCUUCUUCUGCUGCAUCACCAUCGUCUUCCCGGUCCACAACAUCAGCCUGGUGUCGAAGAAGAAAGUGAAGUUUGUGUGUGCUGGCAUCUGGAUGUUUGUCACACUGACAAGCACUCUCUUCCUGCAGAACGGGACGUACCAGCACGGCAACAAGACCAAGUGCUUCGAACAGCCAGAGAACUCCCAGAAGACAAACCUGGUGGUGAUCCUGGAUUUCAUUGCCCUCUUCAUGGGCUUCAUCUUCCCCUUCAUCAUCAUCACCAUCUGCUACAACAUGAUCAUCCGCAUCCUGUUGCGGAACAAGGCCAACCGCCGCGAGGCCGUGUGGAUGAUUGUCAUUGUCACCGCCACAUUCCUGGUGAGCUUCACGCCGUACCAUGUCCUGUGCAUGGUGCACCUGCACAUGCUGAGCCUGUGGGGCUCAAGCUGCAGGGACACCAUGUUCCUGCAGAAAGCCGUCAUCGUCACCCUGCCCCUGGCAGCUGCCAACUGCUGCUUUGACCCCCCCCUCUACUUCUUCUCCGGGGGCAACUUCCGGCAGAGACUCACCACACUGAGGAAGGCAUCCUCCUCCAGCUUGUCACAAGCCUUCAGGAAGAAGAUCUCUGUGAAGGACAAGGAUGAGGAACCCUUUGGAGAAAGCCAAAGGGAGAAUGGAAGGGCAGCUAUGUAA